AAUAUAUUUCCAAAAAUAAACCGACGCUGCAUUCCUCACUCGAUUUCUUAUCAACUGAUAACGAAAGCUUGGCGUCCCUUUGCCAUCAAGGAAGAAAAAUGGAGAAGUUCUCACACAACUCGUCUGCACUGCCAGCGAGUUUCACGUGUUUUUCUUCCUCUCUCCUCCACCUCUCAAACCUUCCACACUUUCCACCACUGUUUACCUCUUUGUUUAAGUCCUUUUCAGGGCGCAAAGAUGGCCCCACCCAAAAAACGACCUUCUCGGAGAACAACUCGGAAUCCCCCUGACACCGACCACCCCCAAAUGGAACCCGCGAGAGCUGUUGACGACUCGGAUUCUUCCCCUGACACCGACCACCAAAACACGGAAGGGCGUGGUAGGAGUUUGAGGAAGCGAAAGAAGGUGUCCUACACGUAUGAUGACGACUCGGAAUCUGACCCCGAUACCGACCACUCUCCCAUGGAACGAACGAAUGAAGGUGACGAUUCGGAUUCUGACCACGGACAAGCCCACCCCCACUCUGAUCACAUGAAUGAUGAUGAAGACUCGGCCCAUUCCAAUGACACCGACCACUCAAAUUCUGAGACGGAGCCCACCUCUGACCCCGAACACCACGCUGCGGGUCAAGUGGAUGACGAAGACGACCAAGUGUCCCCUCGUUCCACACAACACUCUGCGGACGAGGAGGAGGGGGAGGAAUAUAUUUUUGACGCACCCCCAUCUCAAUCUCCGCCACCACCGCGACUUAUUUUGACGUAUGGGGAUCGCGUCAUGGAGUACGUCCCCACGACGCCACUCUCUCACAUGGUUGGAGAGCCCGUCACGUUUGCUAUUUUUAUGCAACAUGGGGACGGACCACUUCAGAGAGUGGAACCAAUGGGUAAUAAAACUCUCAAUCAUCGAUAUUAUGCAUUAUUUAUGAGGAUGACGACUGAAGCAAUAAAUUUGAUAAAUAUGUAAUGGAUUAUCUUGUGCAUUAUUUUAGCUAAUCCUCCUCCACCACCACUCCCACUUGUUCCAGUUCCACCACCACCCCCACCAGCAGAAGUUGAAAUGUGGCACCCUCCCAAGGGGACGCUGAAGUACAUCUUUGAUGCUAUCAAGACCCACUUGCGAUGGGGUGACGAGCCGGGUG